AUGUUUCUAUCUAAAAGAGUUUGUUCCAAUAUAGUUUCGAAAAAUUUAAAUAAACUUAAAAAAAAAAAAGCCAAUAAAAUUGCAUUAUCAGAUACAAAGAAAUUAUUAGCAAAAUAUUCAAUGAAAAACCCAGAUGACCCAAAUGAUAAUCCAGCAUAUUACGAAGAGGAUAACGAAGAUUUUGAUAGUGAGGAUUAUAGCGAAGAUGCAGACAUUGUCCCAAAUAAAGAUUUUAUUCAAGACGAAGAUUUUGAUAGAGAACUCGAAGAAAAGUUACAAUUAGAUGGUUUUGAAGGUGAUACAGAGUUUAUUAGAAAUACUUCAAUAAUAGAAAGAAAGAGUAAACAGUUAAAAAAAGUAGAAGACGAAAUCCAACAAUUAUCAAAGGAUGAUCCAGAAGAUAGAGCACUAAUUGAAGAAGAAAUGAAAUUAGAGUUUUGGGCUAGACAAAUGGCCUUAAGAGAUUCAUUGAAGACUGAUGGUGGUGUUUAUUUAUUAGAUGAAAAAACUUAUACCGAGCCAAUCAAGAAUUAUAAAAUAAUGGGAAAGAAAUUAAUGAAAAAAAGAUUAGAAGACCUUCAAAAAGAAAGAGAUGAAAGACAAAGAUUAAAAGAUAAAAUUAAAAAGAUGAAGUUAGCAGAGAUGGGUAUUGAUAAAGAGUUGGAAACUCAAAUCGAUCAAAUCGAAAAAGAAUCAAAAACCAAAACCAAUGAAACAUUAAAAGAAUUAUUAUCAGAAGAGGAAUUUGCUCAAAUCCAACAGCAAGAAGAGGGACAAGAUUUUGGCGAUAAUCAAAUGGAUGAAGAUGAAGAACUUGAAGAAGAAUAUCAAAAUGAUGGUUUACCAAAUUUAAGUAGACUUCGUCCACAUACCCACAUCCCACCACCAUUAGAAAUUAUUCAAGAGUUUUUAGAAAUUAGAAAGAAUGAAUUAUUAAAGAAGUCAGAAGAAGCAGCAGAUGAGUUUGAAAGAAAACGUCGUAUGAAGAGAAUUGAGUUUAUGGCUAGAAAGAAGGAACUUCAACAUAAGCAAAUGAUAGAAAACUUUAAAAAGAAAGGUUUGUAUGAUUCAGUUAUUUCCGAUGAAGAUGAUUCUCCUAUAGAAAUCGAUCCAAAGGUAUUCCAUCGAUUCCAAUCUGGUGAAAUUACCGAAGAAGAAAUGUUUGAAAUCUCAAAAAACACACCAAUCGAAGAAAUCGAACUUGAGUAUGACCAUGAAGGCCGUAGAAAGAGAGAUAAUGAAUUUUUAAAGCAUUGGAAAAUUGGUAGUAUUGGUAUUCCACCACUUUUAAAGAAGAGAAUUGCUUCAACUAUUAAACAAAUGCCAACAGCGGAGUUAAGAAGCAAAGCUGAAACCUUAUCAGAGAAUCUUAGAGCUAGAACAAGAUUGGGUAAAUCAAUAGGAAGUCCUUCAAUUGUACCAAGCACAGAUGAUAAACCAGUAAUUACUUAUGGAAAAGGUGAAGCCAUGGCCUAUAUAUCACAUAGAAUGCCUGGUGUUUAUGCAUGCACCCAUAGAGUAUUCUCUGAAAUUAAAACUAGAGUACCAAAUUUCAAUCCAACCACACUUUUAGAUUAUGGCUCAGGUCCAGGUACAGUACUUUGGUCAGCCAGCACAAUGUGGGGUGAACAUUUAAAGAGAAUAAGAGCCGUUGAACCAAGUCCAUUUAUGAUUGAAAUAGCUAAAAAACUUAUGGAAGGUAACACCAAUCAUAUUAAAUGGACAAAUUAUUUAAAUACCGAGCAACACGAACGUAGAGAUGGUUCACUUCCAGAGUCAGAAAUGAAUGAACUUGUUACAGCUUCAUAUGUUCUCAGCGAAUUGCCAGAUCAACUUUCACGUUUCACACUUGUAAAAGAUUUAUGGAGAAAUGUUAAACCAAGUGGUAUGUUAGUGAUUAUUGAACCAGGUACACCAAUAGGUUUUGGAAUUAUCAAAGAGAUUAGACAAAUGUUAUUGGACGAAGGCGAAGAACAAUUAACCAUUCAUAAAUCAACAAAAGCUCAAGUUGUUGCACCAUGUCCACACAGUGGUAAAUGUCCAUUAGGUUUUAAUUCAUGGUGUCAUUUUUCACAACGUGUUGAAAGACCAAACUUCCAAAAACUUGCUAAAGGUCCAGGUUCAACCAUGCCAUUCGAAGAUGAAAAAUACUCUUAUAUAGUAUUAUCAAAAGUUGUAAAAUCAAAUAUUCCAAAUCAAUUAGAAAAACAAUUAAAUAUUUAUGGUGAAGAAGAAUUAAAAGAAGUUAAACCUUGGUCACGUUUAAUUGAAGCACCAUUAAAAAGAGGUGGUCAUGUAAUUUUAGAUGUUUGUUCACCACAUGGAGAAAUUAAUAGAGUUACAGUCGCAAAAUCCCAUGGAAGAGAGAUUUAUAAAGAAGCCAGAAAAUCAUUUUGGAGUGAUGCAUUUAUAUUACCAGAGGAUACUGUAGAUUUUAGAGAGCAUAGAUUUAAUUCCACAGCAGAACAAGAACAAGAAUUUUUAAGAUUACAAGAGUUAGAAAAAGAAAGAUUGGCAAAGAGUUUAAAGAAACAACACAAGAAGGUAUCAGCAAUUAAACAAUUAGAAAAAGAAGAAGAAAAAGAAAGAAUUGAAGCUAAUAGAUCUGUUGCAGCAAAGAAGAAAGAGGAAGAAUGGAUGAAAGAGUUGGGUGGAGGUGAUCGUAAGAUUUUAGAAAAAUUAAUUAAACAAGGUAGAUUCAGCACUGAGGAAACGUCAUCAUUAUUUGGUGACCCAGCACUUGAAAAACCAAUUAAGAGCAAACCACAAGCAGGUCUAGAUUUUAUAGAGGAUGCCAAUGAAAUUGAUAAAGAGGAAGAAAGAAAAGCAAUCGAAGAGCAGGAAGAAAGAGAAAGAAAAGAAAAACAAUUAGGUGAAUCAAGAAAAUCAAGAAAAACUAGAAAGGCUUUAUUAUUAAAUGAAUUGAAGUCAUUCAAGAGACAAUCAAUGACACCUGAACAAAAAGAAGAAUUUGAUAAAAAGAGAGAAAUGUUUUUACAACAAAAGAAAGAAGUAAAAGAAAACGAUCCAACUCGUAUUGAAUAUUAUCUUAAAGAUUUGGAUAGAAAUCAAGAUACAGUCUCAGAAAUCGAAUCAGAAAGACGUUUCAAAGAAAGAUUAGAAAAACAAACUGAACAAAAAGAACAAUUUGAAAAGUUUAAAGAAGAACAAUUAAAAAAACAAAAAAAACUUAAACAACAACAACAACAAGAUGAUACAUUUAAUAAUGUAGAUUAA